UCACUCGCUGGAUUCGGACUGCUGCGCGAGGUCGGGACGGACGGGCGGGGGGCGCGCGCACACACCGCGGCCGGCGUCGACUUUAUCUAUUUAUUUUUUAUGCUUUAUUCCCGAUAAAUAUCAUCAUCAGCCCCCAAACACACCGAUUAAUCCCCACCGGCGCGAGCUCAGCGUCACUGGCCGAAUUGCGUGAGAUCAGACGCGCGCGCGCGCGGCCUCCGUCAAAAACUUUCUCACCGGCGCUCGUGACAGCAGCGGGAAUGACUAGCGGCUCUGAGAUUUAACGAGAACGGAAUUUUCCCUAAACACUGAAAAUAUCGUCAAAGUUAGUUAGAAAUCUGUAGAAAUACAGUAAAUCUGACAAGACUCCAGCCUCGCCUCGCGCCCCCGCCCGUGCCCUCCGGUUUAACUGUCGGUUAAAAGUCUCUCAUCAGACCGACACUUCAGCUCGUCUGAUUCUUCUGAGGAGCGUCUGACCGACACAAGGACACACACACACACCAAACACACGUUAUUCUCUGAAGGGGGUUCACUUUCCUUUAAUCCAGCAUGGCGGCUUCAGUGAAGGUUGCAGUAAGAGUUCGGCCCUUCAACACCCGUGAAACCAGCCGUGAUGCAAAAUGUGUCAUACAGAUGCAGGGGAACACCACCUGUAUCUGGAACCCUAAACAACCUAAAGAAGCAGCAAAGAAUUUCACCUUUGAUUAUUCCUACUGGUCUCACACAACAGAGGAUGACCCAGCGUUUGUGUCUCAGCGUCAGGUGUAUCUGGACAUCGGUGAGGAGAUGUUGCUUCAUGCCUUUGAGGGAUAUAAUGUGUGUAUAUUUGCUUAUGGUCAGACUGGAGCGGGAAAGUCCUACACCAUGAUGGGUAAACAAGAACACGGACAGCACGGCAUCAUACCGCAGAUGUGUGAAGAUCUGUUCAAACGUAUGUGUGAGAACACAGACCCUGAGCUGUCUUACUCUGUAGAGGUGUCAUUUAUGGAGAUCUACUGUGAGAGAGUAAGAGAUCUGUUGAACCCAAAGAGUAAAGGAGCACUCAGGGUUCGAGAACAUCCCAUCAUGGGUCCUUAUGUAGAGGACCUGUCCAAACUGGCUGUGACAUCAUAUGAUGACAUCAGAGACCUCAUGGACUCCGGAAACAAGGCCCGGACGGUAGCAGCGACAAACAUGAAUGAGACGAGCAGUCGCUCUCAUGCUGUCUUCACCAUCAUCUUCACUCAACAUCGCCAAGAUCACCUGACCAACCUCCAAACAGAGAAGGUGAGUAAGGUGAGUCUGGUGGAUUUGGCAGGCAGUGAACGAGCAGAUUCAUCAGGAGCCAAAGGAGUGAGAUUAAAGGAAGGUGCUAAUAUUAAUAAAUCUCUCACUACGCUGGGGAAGGUCAUCUCUGCUCUUGCUGAAAUGCAAACCAGCAAAAGAAAGAAAUCUGAAUUCAUUCCCUACAGAGACUCUGUGCUCACCUGGAUACUGAAAGAGAACCUGGGUGGUAAUUCUCGUACGGCUAUGAUUGCUGCUCUCAGUCCUGCAGACAUCAACUAUGAGGAAACACUCAGCACCCUCAGAUAUGCUGAUCGUGCGAAGCAGAUUCGCUGUAAUGCUGUGAUCAAUGAGGAUCCAAACGCUCGUCUCAUCAGAGAGCUGAAGGAGGAGGUGAAUCGACUCAGAGAUCUGCUGCUGGCACAGGGUCUCAGACAACUCACCACACCUACAGCUGCUGAAGUCAACAAUAACCGUGUUGCUGUGACUCUCCUGCCCGCUGGACCCGCCUCUAACAGAGCUCCGCCAAUCACAGCGCACAGCUCAGGAGACGACCCCGCCUCUGUGGAUGGAGAUCCCCAAUUAGAAGAAUUUCAGGGCGAGACAAUUACUAAUGAAGAAGCAGUGGAGAGACUGAAGGAAACAGAGAAGAUCAUCUCUGAGCUGAACGAGACGUGGGAGGAGAAACUGAGAAAAACUCAGUCCAUACGAUUUGAAAGAGAGUCGGUUCUGGCUGAGAUGGGUGUCUCUAUUAAACAUGAUGGAGGAACUGUAGGGGUGUUCUCACCUAAAGGGACGCCUCACCUGGUGAAUCUCAAUGAAGAUCCACUGAUGUCAGAGUGUUUGUUGUAUUACAUCAAAGAGGGAGUGACCAAGGUCGGUCAGAAGGAUGUGGACAUUAAACUGAGUGGUCAGUUCAUUAAAGAGCAACACUGUAUCUUUCACAGCCACAUCAACAACAAUGGAGAAGUGGAGGUGAUUCUGGAGCCGUUGGAGGGAGCUGAGACGUAUGUGAAUGGGAAACAGAUCAGUGAGCGACAGACUCUCAGACAGGGGAACCGCAUCGUCAUGGGCAAGAACCACGUGUUCAGGUUCAACCACCCCGAGCAGGCGCGUCUGGAGCGAGAGCGCAGUUCUUGCCUUGAGCUGCAGGGGGAGCCGGUGGACUGGAAUUACGCUCAGAAAGAGCUGCUGGAGAAACAGGGCAUCGACAUUAAACUGGAGAUGGAGAGGAGGUUACAGGAUGUGGAGACACAGUACCGGCGAGAGAAAGAGGAAGCAGAUCUACUGCUGGAACAACACAGACUGUACGCAGAUUCAGACAGUGGAGAUGACUCUGAUAAACGCUCGUGUGAGGAGAGCUGGAGACUCAUCUCCUCCCUCAGAGAGAAACUGCCGCCUAACAAGGUGCGGUCCAUAGUGAAGCGCUGCGGCUUGCCCAGCAGCGGCAAGCGUCGCGAGCCGUUGCGAGUCUACCAGAUCCCACAGCGCAGGAGAAUCUGCAAAGACCCUGAGCAGGUGACGCUGAGCGACCUGAAGCUGCAGGCGAUCAAGGAGAUCUGUUACGAGGUGGCGCUUGGUGACUUCAAACACUCCUGCCGCGAGAUAGAGGCGCUGGCCAUCGUCAAGAUGAAGGAAUUGUGCCGCAUGUACGGCAGACGGGAAGCAGCGGAGAAGGACGCCUGGCGAGAGGUGGCGCAGGACGUGUGGGAGACGGUGGGAUGGGGAGACGAGCACACGCCGGACGUCACAGAUGGCGGGGAGAGCGGCGUGCAUGAUUUGAAAGCGCACAUCGACAAACUGACAGAUAUUUUACAGGAGGUCAAGGAGCAGAACGACACGAAGGACGAGGAGAUCAAAGCCCUCAGAGAUCGAAUGAUGAAGAUGGAGAGCAUCAUACCGGCAGUACAGCAGGAUGACGGAUCGUCAGAGGAUCUAUCUGAGGAGGUUGUUGAGAGGAGGGGCGAUGAAGAGGAUGGGUGUGGCUCGCAGGAGCACCUCCCCAAAGAGAAACGGGUGACACGGCUGAUGGAAGAAGACCCCGCCUUCCGCAGGGGCCGUAUGCGCUGGCUCAAACAGGAGCAGACGCGUCUGCACAACCUUCAGCAGCAGCAGAUCACCAAGCGGCUGCGCCGGGUGCCGGGGGGAGGAGAGGGCGUGGUCCAUCUUCCUGGUACGGGCCGCUUCAUCCCCCCGCAGGACUGCAAGCUGAAAUUCCCCUUCAAGAGCCACCCGCAGCAUCGGCUCUCCUGGAGCCCCAACGAUGCUAGAGAGGAAUGCAGUGACAGCGGAGGUCCGGCCCCUGGUGUGCCCGUACUUCUCGUACCCUUUCAGGUGCCCUCCACCAUCCCUGCACCUUAUCCCGGUCGCCACUGGACACCUCGUCACCACGGCAACGCCAAUCCCUUUCCACAGCAGUGGCAGCACAGGCGCAACUCGCUGGAUGGCUCUGCCUUGCCUGCCAAUCAGGGUCACUAUAGCAAUGGGCAUCGCAACAAUGGCUCUGAGCAGGCAGGCCGCGGGCGAUAUCGGCGACAGUCACCGGGGCCUCAUGUCGUGGUAUACGCGCAGACGCACAGCAAUCCUUGGCCUGCCACCCAAAACUACCACCAGGCUGCAGCGCACGGGCAUGGCGGGGGCAGCUGGACGCACAACCACAAACCCCAGGGGUACAUCACCCCCCCACGCAUGAGACGACAGUUUAGCGCACCGGACCUAAAGAGCAGAGAAACCCCCGUCUGAGGAUGUGUGUGUGUGUGUGUGUGUGUGACAUCGUGCACUUUAACAGGCUCUGUCAGCUCUGGGGUGUUUCUGUGUGUGUGUUGACUUUCCAGGCUUUUACACAAGCCAAAAACACAAGUGUACACAAUUGUCACAAAAACAUCAAUGUCACAGAGCUGCUGUGUGUUUGCCUAUCUGUGGAAAGUGUGUUUUAGCUAUUCUUGUCAUCUUGCGUAUGUUGUUGUUGUUGUGUUUGCUGGGUAAGUCAAUGAUCCAAACGCACAAAACUACACACGCGUUGUGUUGCCUCAGUGCCUUCAUGUGAUGUUCUGUGUGACGUCAAUGAGAUUUUAGAGUUUCCUGGAGUAAGUGAAGCUUGUUUUACACGUCUCAUGUAAACUGUGUUUUUAUUUCCGAGCUCAGAUUAAAGCCAAUAACACACACACACACACACACAGACACACAAGUACCUCACAAUAACACAGAAGCAGUUAACUGCAUGCUGAGAAUACAGUGAGACAUCUACUUCACACAUUCUCUGUUUUCGUUGUGUAUUUUUUUGUGCUCAUGUUAACAGGUUUACACUGCACACAGGUGUGAUGCGGUGUGUGUGUGAGAGAAAGAGAAUCAGCAGUGAGACAGGUUGAGGUCCUCUGCUGUGGGAUGUGUUAGGGUCUGAUCAUACAGAAUAAGUCUUUUGCCGUGAGACGCGCCUCUUUUGAAUUGUUUUCAGCAAGCGUUUUGCGCGCUGCUUAUGCGCGACUUGCUCCUUGCAUUUCUUCUGCCUGCUGCACAUUGUUUUUUAGGUGGAGCGCUCUGAGAAACUGAAGUUGAAAAAAAACUAAACUCUGUGCAGAAAAGCGAUUGACGUCUUUCCUUGUGGCAACGGAAAUUUACAUGUGCUCGGAACCAUGGGCGCCGUAAAGCGGUGGAAGGUUAGGACGAUUCUAAGGGCCCAGGCUGAUUUAGGGUCCAGAAGAGCAGACCCCCUUUUUAUUUUCCUAUUUGAAGGGGACCCAGAAAUUUUGGUUUCCAUAGGGCCCAGAAUUUCUGGCGGCACCCCUGCUCGGAACGAUUGGAGACAUGGAGGAAACAUUGGUUGUAGCUGUUUCAGGUUACCAAGCAACAUACAAAAACUGCUGCAAAGAGUCACCAAAAGAGCAGCACGGCGUGCCUUAAUUUUUCGAACAUGAAAUGCGCAUUCUGUGUGAUCGUACCCUAAGACAGCUCUGAUUGUUUGAUUGACAGCUGUAGUGAUGUGAUGUGUCAUUCACAGAUAAAUGUUUGGUUUGAAUGACUGGAUUGAUUGAUUGGUUUCAUAGGGAUCCAUUAACAACAUUUUAAAGUAAGCUGUAGAAUUCAUAUACACACACACAGUCCGCAGGAUGAAUGAAUGUUAACACACCUGUGAUGUUAUUCAACUCUUUUACAAACAAGUUACAUCAUAGUGACUUGUGUGCAUGACAACAGCAGUUGAAGUUGAAUUCAAAUGAAUCGAUUGGCAUUCUUCUGCUGACUGAAAUUAAUCAGCCGCUGUGAUGCUGGAGGAAUGAACUGUAAGUGUGUUGAGUGCUGAAGUUGACAGGUCUAUAGACGUUGGCUUGUGUGAUUUGUAGGUAAUGGAUUUUUUUUUGAGAGCAGUGACAAAGAUGUUUUGAAAUAUGAGGUUUUUAUUUUGAAUGAAGUGACAGUAGUUUGAUGUUGUGUGAUACGGAGAUGUUUUGAAGACACUCUGUGAAUCAGGAGAGAGGUCGAUUUUUUUUUAACUUGAUAUGAGAUCUUCACGUGACUGAUGUAAAGGUGUGUAAGUGUGCAGGUGAUCACACAUGUGCUGAACGGUUGAUACUGCUGCCCUGACCGUGAUCUGAAACCGUGAUGUUUAUUUACACCAUCACCUGCUUGUUUAGUUUGAUCUUUAGAAACCUUUCAGUUUGAAUCAUUAUUAUUUUAAGUAAUACUUUACAUUUUAUUUAGCUUGUGUGUGUUUAAAGGGAAAUCCGCUGUGAUAAGCUCUGUUCAGUUGUCGUUUGUGUGUGUCUGUGUGUUUGAGGGAAGUUGCAGAGUUCAGAUAACAUGUUCCACACAUGAUGAACCCUACUAUCGCUUCUCUUUUGUUGCUCUUCUUGUUUCUGGGUUUUGAGUUACACAAAAUGUUAAUAAACAAAAGCAUAUAAAAUGA